AUGACAACUGUAUGGCACAGAGGUGACCUCUCCUGUCCUGUGUGCUACGACAUCUUCAGAGACCCUGUCGUCCUCUCAUGUAGCCACAGUGUCUGUAAAGCCUGUCUGCAGAACUUCUGGGCCAAAAGUGAAUCUCAGGAGUGUCCACUGUGUAGAAGCAGGUCUUCAAGGGAUGAUCCACCUCCUAACCUGGUGCGGAAGAACUUCUGCGAGUCUUUUAUACAGCGAUGCUCUCAACACAAUGAGCGACUCACACUCUACUGCCUGGAGGAUGAGCAGCUUGUAUGUGUGCUUUGUCAAGCAUCAGAAGAGCACAAGGAUCAUGACUGUCGGCCCAUACGUGAGACCGCAGACAGAUUCAAGAGAGAACUCGAAACUGCUCUGGAGCCCUUACAGGAAAAGCUGUGCAGUUUCACACAAGUGAACGAGACCUGCCACAAAACCACAAAACACAUCAAGAUGCAGGCUCAGAAAACAGAGAAAGAAAUAAGGCAGGAGUUUGAGACGCUUCACCAGUUUUUACGAGAUGAAGAGGCAGCCAGGUUGGCUGCACUGACGGAGGAAGAGGAGCAGAAGAGUCAAAUGAUGAAAGAGAAGACUGAUGAGACAAGCAGUGCGAUAACUCUUCUUUUAGAGACUAUCAACACCACUGAAGAGAAUCUAGCAGAAGAGGACAUGGUAUUUCUACAGAACGUCAAGUCCUCAAUGAAAAGAGCUGAGUGCUCACUGAAGAUUCCAGAGAUGGACUCAGGAAUGCUGAUAGAUGUAGCGAAGCACCUGGGCAACCUGAAGUUCAAAGUGUGGGAGAAGAUGCGGGAGAUUGUUCAGUACACUCCUGUCAUUCUGGACCCCAACACUGCCCACCCAAACCUGACACUAUCUGAUGACCUGACUAGUAUGACAUUCAUUGAUGAUAAGAAACCAGAGAUGCAGCAACUUCCGGAUAAUCCCGAAAGGUUUGAUAAGUGCAUGUGCGUCCUGGGCUCAGAGGGCUUUAGCUCAGGGAGCCACUACUGGGAUGUUGAGGUUGGGAAUAGUUGUUUGUGGGAAGUAGGAGUAACCAUGGAAUCCAACCUCAGAAAGGGAGUGCUUUUCUUCGACGGUGUCUGGAGCGUGGAGAGUAAUGUGGGGUUUAACGUUUGCUCUCCAGCACAGCCCAAGUAUCCCUUCUCCGCAGAGGGGGGGCUGCCGAGGAUCCGAGUGCAUCUGGACUGGGACAAGGGAGAACUGUCCUUCUUUGACCUUCUUAAUGACAUGGAUAUAGCGUCAAUCCUUCACACUUUCACCGAGAAAGUCUAUCCAUUCUUUUGGACUCGCAAAAGCAACUCUCCUGUGAAGAUCUUACCAGUGACUCCUGGGGCAAUCGAGCCUAAGCUAAGUCAGUUGUAACUUGCUGGGCGUAACUUUUAUGCUUACCAGUCAUGUUCUAGACCAGAGGUCGGCAGCAGCAAACUUUUCUACAAAAGUAGAACACUUUCUUGUAAAAUAUCUCUCAACGUUCUACUUUUUACGAGGCUGAAGUCGCUUCU